AUGGCGGACCCAACGAUACAGACGUUCUGCUGCCACAACCGGAUACGAUCGCCUCCCGCGAUCAAGCUGAUGUCCGAGUUCGAUACGGACGGGUACAUAGUGGUGUGUUUGAUAUCGUCCGUGUUCGGAAUCGCCGGUGCCGUGUAUCAGAUCUGGAUCCGCCAUGAGGAUGGCCCGUCGCAUCAUGCCGUCCGACGAAGACGUGGCGGUGAGCUGACACUCUCGAACCAGAACAUUGGCCGGCAGAUCAUCGUCUGGCUGGCGGUGGCCGAUUUGUGCGCCUCCUUCGGUGUGUUCCUUCGAUCGGCACUCUGGAAGUACAUCAAGGAUGUGCUACCACCGGACAGCGACGUAGACGACACGACGAACGUGAUCUUCUGUGCCGUCUCGUCCGCCUGGAUACAGUAUUUCUACAUGUGCACCUGGCUGUGGACGCUCUGUUACGCAAUCAACGUCCGGAGGCAACUUAGUGGGUCUCAUUUCGCUCUGCGAACGUACCAUUACAACGUGUGGAGCAUCUCGGCGUUGCUUACUGGCAUUGGAUUGACCGUACUCUACGUCCCGGAUGCGGAUUGCCACAAUGUCCACGACAUGACGACGGCGUACAUGCGCAUCCUACCCAACUACGUGAUGACGUACGGGCCCAUGAUAGCGGUGAUGGUGGCCAACCCGGUGAUUUACUACCAGGCCUCGCGGGAAGUCGACCGGCAGCUGGUGGCCCGCUUCAGCCAAAUGUCCAACACCGAGCGGGACCUGAUGGCGAAGUUUAAGGUCAAGUUUUCGCUCAUCAACCUCGUGUUUUAUGUCUGUUGGCUACCGAACCUGGUGAACGGGAUCGUCCUGUGGACCAUGUGGUUUAACCUGCCCUUCUCGAUGGUCAUCACCGUCUGGUACAUUAUGGCGAUUACGAAUCCCCUGCAGGCGUUCUUCAACUCGCUCGUUUACCAGAAGUGGAACUGUAGAUGGCGACUUCGACGCCAGGCAAGUUCGGAUUCCAGCGUUGAAGCUAGGCGCCGCAAUCGAGCCUCGCUGGUCAACGAAGGGACACCGUUGUUGCAACCGAAAACCGAAUCACCUACCACGUCCACACUCUACCUGCACCAGGCAUCCGUUGAGCUGAUACCGAAACCGACUCGAAGCAUCAACUCCUGUUCGUUGGUCUGACGCCAAGUGUGCUCCUUGCUUAGCCGAUCUUCAACCCUUCCGAC